UCUCCUAAGUUCAAACAUCAGAAUGCGCCGUAUGAAGGGAGUGCAGACUACGUGUGCUGUUGAUUAUGGGCAAGUCCUAUUUCAUCACCCCUGGCCGCUAGCAAAUCCCAUAGCACGUGGUACUCCUGUAUAAAAAAGUUCUAGUGAGAAGUGUCUCAGUGUCGUGAUUGCACGGGAGAAAAGAGCCAAGGACAACAUCACUUCCUUGGGAGCGCAAGCACAUUGCCUGGUCCCUAGGAGCAGACCGGACCGUCCUGCACACUGACGGCACGAAGCUAUUUCGAAUGCAGAAAGCGCAAUCGCAUUCGUUCGAUUUCAAGCAAGGAAGUGGAUUCUAACGCUGCGAUAAGGGAAGAUUUGAUCACUGUAGUGGUUGUCUUUAAAUGGGAUCUGACUUUUCUGCCUACCGAUAGAAAGGAUUGCCAACAUUUGUCAGGCGUAGCAGUGGUUUUGCAACUGUCACAACAGCGUGUUUACUGCGAGAUAACCUCUGUUCAGUGUUUUAAUAUGUCUCAAGCCAUAGUAUGACAUGUCAUGCACUGAUGUGUCAGUCACUUCUUCAAGAAGCGGCACUCGUUGAAUCGCAUGUGUGGAUUGUCACAAUAUUUUAACAUUUGAGAACUGCAAGAGACGUCAAAGGGAGAGUGAAAACCAAAGGUGCGUGUUACGGUGUGCAUACAAAUAGUUGACGCUCAAUUACUCAAAAUGACCAAAGACGUGUCCAUGUUAGAGUAAUUUCAGGAAGUUGUGUUUCAGUCUAGUGUUGCUGUUCUAGACUUAUUACUUAAUCGAACUGGGAUUCAUGGACUGGACUUCAUGCGUGACAGACAAUCUGUCGUUGAAAAGUCGACUGAAUACUUCUUUGUGUUUGUGUUUGCGUUUGUCUCCACUGGGAUGACAAAUCUGUAAGGACGUUCUUUCAACGCAUUCGAGGAUUUCAUACUUCGAGGCAACUUGUAAUCUGUUUCAUUUCGCUUGGGAAAUUACGUAUUGGACAAACAACAAAGAUGAAAAGGCACAUCUUAAUAUUGGCAUACGUUGCGGUUUGCUUAUUGUGUGUUCGUUGCACCCUUACGCCGGGUGCGGAAACGCAGACCCAUGAGUCGUGCGCGUCGUGCGGGCUCAGUCAGUCCAUACAGUCGGACCGACUCGACAUAGACUUUUUGGAGGCGGUAAAACGACACAUUUUGAACAGGCUGCAGAUGCGGGAGAGACCCAACAUCACGCACCCCAUCCCUAAGGCGGCGAUGGUCACGGCAUUGAGAAAACUUCACGCCGGCAAAGUGCGAGAGGACGGCAGGGUGGAGAUCCCUAACCUCGAUGGACACGCAAACUACAACAACGAAGUCCAGGAGGAAACAUCGGAAAUCAUCAGUUUCGCAGAGUCAGAUGACCUUGCGGCCUCCAAGUCUAAACUCUUCUUCAUGGUGUCCAACGAGGGCAACCAGAACCUGUUUGUGCAGCAGGCCAGCCUGUGGCUCUACUUCAAGCUGAUCCCCGGCGGACCCGAGAAGGGCCUCCGACGGAGGGUGACGGUGAAGGUGCACUACCAGGAGCCGGGGCUUAGCGCUGGGGCCGGCGGAGGCGCUGGUAGUGGCGCCCCCCACUGGGCGUACGUGGAGAAGCGGGUGGAUCUCAAGCGCAGCGGCUGGCACACCUUCCCGCUGUCGGAGGCCGUGCGCGCCGCGCUGGGCAAGGGCGGCCGGCGGCAGGACCUGGACGUGCGCUGCGAGACGUGCGAGUCGGUCGGCGUGGCGCCUGUGCUGGUGGAUCCGACUGACCAGUCGCACCGGCCCUUCCUGGUGGUGCGGGCCCGGCAGGUGGACGGCAAGCACCGGAUCCGGAAGCGCGGGCUGGAGUGCGACGGAAGCAGCGGCGGACUGUGCUGCCGCCAGCAGUUCUACAUCGACUUCCGGCUCAUCGGCUGGAACGACUGGAUCAUCGCGCCGCCCGGUUACUACGGGAACUACUGCGAAGGCAGCUGCCCGGCCUACAUGGCCGGCGUGCCGGGGUCGGCGUCGUCCUUCCACACGGCGGUGGUGAACCAGUACCGCAUGCGAGGGAUGAGCCCGGGGUCGGUGAACUCCUGCUGCAUCCCCACCAAACUCAGCACCAUGUCCAUGCUGUACUUCGACGACGAGUACAACAUCGUCAAACGCGACGUGCCCAACAUGAUCGUAGAGGAGUGCGGCUGCGCUUGAAGGCAUUUUGGGACUAAACUAAUUAUUCUCGAACUUUUCCUAGCAGGAGACGAUGUUACGAAAAUAUAGUGACAUUGACAGGAAAAAAUCAUAUUUAUGGACCUUUGUAUCAUAUAUAGUAGAUACAUGUAAUUGCGUGUACGCACGCAAACACGUACAAACACACACAGGGGUGUGUGCAUGGAGCAGUGGCUGGUGAAAACACACAAAAAAAAAAAACGCUUAUCGAUUACGCCAGUUUUGCAGGUCAAUCCCAAUUUUUCUUGAACUCACAGACUUGGGAUGAGAAGGGAAUUGUUAUCACCAAAUGUUUGUUUCUUCCUAGUUUGCCAUUUCUAGACAAAAAAAAUGGAACAAUCCAACUCUUCUUCUCCUCUUCUGCCCUCCUGUCAUCACGACAGAGGGAUAGAGGCGGAAGAGUGGAGAGGAGAGGACUGAAGCCCUGCCGUACUGGCACUGUCUUUGUAAGUACUUAAGCAACGACUGCCCCCCCCAUCCCCCACCCCCAUGGUACUGGCACCUCCAGCACAGAGUCCUCAGUAUCCUGAACACAUUUCAGAACAUCAGCACUUCAAGACUCCGUCUGUCUGCCACAGAACAGCAUUCCACUGACCAGGGGCCUACCACCCCAGUGUGAUUCUGCGUGCUUCUCUCUCUCUCUCUCUCUCUCUCUCUCUCUCUCUCUCUCUCUCUCUCUCUCUGUGUGUUGAGGCCUUCCUGUUUCAGGUCUGGUUUGAAUUUUUGAGGAUUUCUUUUGUUUUGGUUUUGUCAGCGGCACUAAGACAAACUGGCACGCAUCCCUCAGAAGGCACAGUUCUACUGCCACGCAGCUCCGGAAUCGGAACCCGGAACCGCACACAGAAACCACUGUUCCGGUCAACCGCAGUAGGGCGUUCACAUCCAUCCAUCAGUAUCCAUCCAUCCAUCUAUCCAUCCAUCUAUCCCCAUUGGCUGAACAGAGCCUCUUGAGCCUCGUCCUGGUUGGUGCAGGAGUUUCCAUAUCAUCUAGCUGGUUACAGUGCAAAAGCAGCACUUGCAAAGACAAACGAAACGAAAAGAAAUUUAAAAAAGAGAGUCAAUUGUACAAAAGUGAAAAAAAAAGAAGAAAUAAAUAAACUCAUAAAUGCACAAUUUCAAAGCACUUGCAUAUUUGAAAUGCCUUCAAAAGGGUACUGAAACAGAGCACCUACCCUUGGUCCUUGUCCUAGUCAUACCAAGUGCCGCAUGAGCUAUGCAAUGUAGAGUUAUCCAUAUUCAUAUCAAGACUGAACUUUCUCCUCUUUUCUGCUAGUCUUUAACUCUUUAUCAAUACUUGAAAUGUGAUCUUUCGCUCGCUGUCCAAAGCGAAUGAUUGUUACGAUGUUUGCACUGAAAAGUUGCGAAAAAAAAGAAAAAACUGCCAUUGAAAAAAGUUAUUUUUAUAGUAGUAAAAAAUUGAAUUUUGUGAAAACAAAUGUAUUAUACAUAAUGGAACCAAAGAAGCCAAGAUAUUAGCUAUUAUAAUAAGAUGGCACGGCCGUCACAUUAUUGUGUAAAAUAAUUGUUGAUCAUUUUCAAAAGGCCUACUCACUGUAUCAGGGUAUGACAUAAUGGAUUCCAUUGUUUUGUAGCUCUAUCAUGUUAUUAUUGUUUUGUUUGGUUUUAUUGGUUUUGUUUGUUUGUUUUGUUUUCUACUUUGUACAGUAAACCUACAAAACACUCCUUUUUUCCAUCUUUAAAUACUUUCAUUUUUUUCUAUUUAAUAAAUGUCAUUUUUAGCUGUUUCAAAAAUCAGUUAGUCCAAUAAAUAAAUGUCAUCUGUACAGUUUAAGUCAAAUAAAAUAUGCUUUCUUACAUAUUUUGUAACUUAA